AUGGAGUUUCUGGGCACCACGCAGCUGGCCAGCUACUGCGGCCCCAGGAAGAACUGCCUGUUCCCAAAUCUGGUCGCCAACACCACCACCCCCAAGGACACCUACCAGUCCUGCUGCCCGCCAGUCUCCCGCUCCCUCACCUCCUGGAGGCCUGGCCUGCUUCGCAACGUGGUUUCUCUCCCUCCCAGCCCUGACAAGUCCUUCAGCAGCUGCGGGAGGCUGCCCACCAUCCUGCCUGAGCUGCGCUCCAGCCUGCACGCCCGCUACAGCAGCCGCGACUGGCACCACGCAAACAUGGUCCAGCUGAAGGGCUCCGAGACCUCCCGGCACUGCGCCGGCAGGAUGAACGCCGACUCGAGCAGGAUGAUGCAAGACAAGGACCAACUGACUCAUCAGAUGCAAGAGGACAGUAAAAGGAACCUGAAAGAGAGGCUCUCCCACAUUGACUUCUGGAGGUCUGAGAUCUUCUAUGAGCUAGAGCAGCUGCUGAAAGAGACCCAAGCCUUGGAAACGGCAAAGAAGCGGCUCGAAUGCGCUGUAGAUGAAUUGCAAGGACCACUGAAGGUGGCUCUGGAAUGCUUGUACAACCGUGAGAACCGGAAGGGGAUUGACUUAGUUCAUGAUGAUGUGGAAAAGAACCUCAUGAAGGAGGUUGAUGUUUUCAAGGACUGUCAAGAACUAUUGACAAGACUAGCACAGAACAUCGGUCAGCAGCUGUGCAUCAACAGAGAUGUCCAGCAUGCCCUUGAGCAGGAUCUUUCUGACAAAACCUCAGCCCACGUUAUUGAUGAGAAGUGCUACGACCUGAGGAACACAUCAGACAGCAUCGCUUUUUACCACGGAAUCGAGAAGAUCGAUGGGACUGUUUCAGUUCCUGCAACGUGGGCUAAAUUUAGCCAAGACAACAUCAGGAACUCUCAACAUGCAAGAGCCAACUCAGUCAAGCUCCGAGAGGAUGCAGAGGCUGCACUGGAGAACACAUCUGAGGAGAUGUGGAACCAGUUCAUCAGUACCAACCUGGCCUUUAAUAAACGUAUGGCUGAAGUGGCUGAUAUGAAGAAUAAACUGCAAGCACAACUGGCCAAGAUACUUCAGGAAAUCUUCCAGACAGAAGAUACAAUCAUGUUACUGGAGAGAUGCAUAAAGGCAAAGGAGUAUCCCCUGAAAGUGGCUCAGACCCGCCUGGAGGGAAGAACUAAACGACCCAAUGUAGAACUUUGCCGUGAUGCACCUCAAUAUCAGCUUGUCACUGAGGUUUACACUAUAGAUGACACCAUACAGUCCCUAAAGCAACGUCUGCAAGAAGCCCAUGAUACUCUGCAGAUGCUGGUCCUCAACAAAUCAAAGCUGGAACAUGACAUUGCUGUGAAGACAAACUCCUUCUUCAUUGACAAGAAGUGCAUGGACAUGCGCAAAGUCUUCCCCAGCACCCCACGGCUCGUUGGCUACACCUGA